AUAUAUAUAAUUAUAUACAUAAAUAUAGUGCGCGGGGAUAAGAUUAUUGUGCCGCGAUAUAUUAAUCGCAUUUUGCAUUGGCUGCCUUUGAUAUAUAAUCCUUUCGGUUUCUGUUCAAAAUAGUGUGUUUGUGUGUGUGUCAAACGAGAAUCUGAUUGUGUGCGAAGUAAAAGGCCAUAUCUACACGCACCAGGAAUGUCUUUGUUAUUCCGUCAUUGUCUCUGAAUCUCUUCUCCUUUGAACAUUUCAAAAAAUUUACCAAUUGAGUCAACCAAUCAGUUUUUUAAGUAAAAUUAAUUUCGUAAGAGAAGGUUUUCAAUACUGGCAUAUUACUUUAUUUUUUAACAAUUUUUUUAAAUAAAAGCUAAAAAUAAAUUUUUUUACAAGUUGGAAAGUAUCUAGUAGAGUUUGUUUUCUCUCGGAUAGUAUUACGGUUUUUAUAGUACUGUUUAAUAUUUUGUAAUAACAAAAUAUUGAAGUAUAAUAUAUAUUUCUAUGUUCCAAUGAAAAGACUAGAAUUGAGUAUCUUAAAAAUAAAAGCAAUGACUAAAAAUAAAAAUAAAUUACUUAAGACACAAUUUGAAAUAAAAUUAUAAAAAAACAUCACACAACUAUAUAAUUUGUAAUAGAAAACUGCAAUUUCUGCGAUAAUUUUGUUUCAUGUUGCAGUAUGAAAAAUAGAAACAAUUUUAGGAAAUUACAAACGUGUAAAAUAAUUUAAUAUUAUCAAUAAUAUACUAUUGUUUAAACUGUAAAACUUGUAAAAGAUAAUUAUAUAAUUAUUCUCGCUUUUGAAAGUUGUUAGCAGAUUUUAUCUAGAAAAAAGCUAUAAAUGAUGAACUAUGAGUUUUACUUCUUUAAUUGUCUAAGAUCAUGUUUUUAUCAGUGCAAUGUUUAGUUUUCGAUAAAUAAAGGGAUAACGCUUUAGGAGUGCUAUUGCCAGUAUUAACGACUUUCCUCUAUUAUAAUAAAACGUUACUAAUAUUUAAUUUUCGAUUUAAUAUUUGAUAUUUUAUUAUUGAAUGAUAUUUUAAUAUUUUCUAAUAUUUUUGCACUUGAUGACGAAAAAGAAAAAAAUUUUUAAUAAUAACGUGAUUUGUGAUGAAAGUUGGUUUUUUUAACUAAUCGAAAAAAUUGAACUUUUAAUAAGAUUUUGUUCUUAUGGAAUCUGACAAAAAAGAUAAUAAAAACUUCAACGUACCAGUGAAGAAGUGUUUAUAUACCAGGAACGUCGAGACACGUAGGUAGAAAUGUGCGAAAUAUGUUUUUCUUAAAUUUUGAAGAAAAUAAAAUUUUUCUUAAACUGCGAAAUGCAGACAGCAAUUGAACUUCUUUUAAUCACGCACAAUUGCAGCUUAAAAUUAUACUUGUAUCUAAUCAUUAAAUAUAAAAAGAGGUUUUAUAAGUAAUUUUUUCGUCGUUAUAGAUGUUGGUUUUUUAAAAUUUUAUUUUGAUCUUUUGAAUCACAAAAAGGUUACCAUUUUAUGUAAUUCAAAGUUAUUUGCGAUGAUGCAAGGUAGUUUUAUUCGCGAUGCAAGAUUACGUAUAAUUAAAAAUUAUAUCCACGAUAAAAAUUGUGGACGUGACAUACGGAUGUUCAAUUAUAAAUCGCAAUCGCGCUAUACAAUUUUGUCAAUCGCACAUAUCUACGCAUCUUGGCGCGCGAGUCACGUGACGGGCGCGCGCGUGUCUCGCGACGGCCCUGGCACGUGUCGGGUGUGCGCGCGCGCUCGGCCACGUGACGUCAGCACGCGCAGGCAGUGGCAUGCUAGCCACUGGUUUCCAGAUGGAAGACUUGCCUCGCGCGAGAGUCGAUGGGAAGGGAGACGCACACACCGGAAGCAGGCGCGUGCGUGUACGGCAAGCGGCGCGCUGAGUGGCUCCCCGUCGGUGUGCGUGUCCUCAUCACCCCCGAUCGCGCGCGAGCUGCGUCUAUGAUCUGGAAGCACUUGCCACGACAUGGCCGCGAGAGCCAAAGGCCGCCGCCGCGCCGCGCCGAGCCGAGCCGAGCCGAGCUACCACGGGCGGCGUGAUCGCGCGGCGCUGGGCUGCUCCGUCCGUCCGUCCGUCCGUCGGCCGCAGUCGAGCAGCAGAGAGCGAGCAAAUAUGGCCGCCACGCGGCCACAUAAUAAUGCGUAGCGGACGCGCCGCCGUCGGGAACGAUCGCGUGCGAGUGCGUGUACGAUGUUACUGAAGGGCCGGGUUGCGACGGCGAAGAAGUACCGUAGGCAUCAUGGGAAAAGCGUUGCCAAAUCCGCGACCGGACAACGUGGCUGCGAGAAAAAGUUGUUGGGAGUCUGAUGGCUCCUGAUCUCGAGAAAAGGCGCCAGGAAUUAAGGAGGGGCAGUAGCGGGACCUUGGACCAUGUUAAUGAUCAAAUGGGCAUGCUCUUACAGUUGAGGUGUGCAGGCGGCACUGCGGACCUUCAUCGUUAUGGUAGCAACGCAGGCGGUGCGUCGUCAACGGUGACAGCAGCGUCCGUCUCAAGAAGCACUGCAGGUAAUCGCAUCCAAUCCGCCAGAAGGACAGUUACUAAUCAACAGCAACUGCACCAACAAACCCCACAGCAACAGCAACAACAACAACCAAAACAAUCCAGAUAUCCGUCGUCUUUCGGUCUAACUGCGAGGAGUUCUGAUGAGCACGGAUCUAGGACCGGUACGACGCCAGACGAUAACUCAAACGAUUCCGGUCUUGGUUCUGAGGAACGUCAGCAGCAUUUUAACAACGUUAAUCUCUGGAACAACGUCGGCGAGGAGGACUCGAAGAGGAGGAAGAUGGAUAUCAAAUUAGAGUCUGAGGACGCAAAUUUUGCGUUCCCGGAAGCAGCCCCUGGUACCAGCCCUGACAAUAAACCAGCACCGACGGUCAGAACCACCGUCAAUGGGAUCGGUUUGGGAGGAAUAUCCGGCAACAGAUCCGGAAAUGGCAAUUCUAUAGGCAGAGUUGUGGGAAUAACCAGACCUCGACCUGCCAUGGGCGUGUUGACCAAAAGGACACCGAUCACGCACCAGGGACCUGUUACCCUUGUCUCGCAAUUAUCCAACGUUUCCGCCGAUGGCAAAACCCAACUGCAGAUUGUCUGUCAACCCGAGCAGCAGCACCGAGCUCGCUAUCAGACGGAGGGCUCGCGAGGCGCGGUGAAGGACCGCAGCGGGAACGGCUUCCCCAUGGUACGACUCAUUGGCUAUGACAAGCCGACGAAUCUGCAGGUGUUUAUCGGCACCGAUUUUGGUCGAGUGGCACCCCACAUGUUCUAUCAGGCUUGUCGAGUGAGCGGCAAGAACUCCACACCCUGCGUCGAGCGGAAGAUCGAUGGCACGAUCGUGAUAGAAAUUGACAUGGAUCCGGCAAAGGAUGUCACUUGCGACUGCGUUGGCAUCCUCAAAGAGCGCAAUGUCGACGUCGAGCAUCGGUUUCCUCAGGAAGCCGGGCUGCUACAGGGAAGAAGCAAAAAGAAAUCCACACGAUGUCGCAUGGUCUUCCGUACAGCUAUCACGCAUGCUGAUGGGACCACAGAGACGCUGCAAGUCUGCUCCCAACCGAUAGUCUGUACUCAACCACCUGGAAUUCCAGAGAUUUGCAAAAAAUCUUUAACGUCCUGUCCGUGCACAGGCGGGCUAGAACUCAUCAUACUCGGCAAGAACUUUCUGAAAGACACGCGAGUAGUCUUUCAGCUGGACAGCGACGACCUGUCGAGCAGCCUGGAGCCGCACUGGGAAUGCACCGUACUGCCGGACAAGGAGCAUCUACACCCAGUACAUCUGGUAUGCGUGAUACCGCCUUAUCGCAGGCAGGAUCUCGCGUCUACGGAAACGGUCAGCGUCAAAUUGUUCGCGGUGUCGUCUGGCAAGACCAGCGAACCGCAUACCUUUCUUUACACGGCUGCUUCCACUCCUCCGCAACCAUCUGUAGGCAAAGUCGAGUCCAUCUCACCUUCGCUAGCAAACGGUGAUACUAGCCUAGUGACCACGCCUUCCGCCACGGCUGUCGCAUCCAGCGGUUUACUGACACAAGCAGCUGCGGGAGCUGCAGGCUUCCUGUCGAAUGCAUCAACUCAAUCGCAACAAAGCGCUACUACAGAGGCUUUGAAGAGUGAUCCCAGUCCACCACCAGCGGGAACGCCCCAGGUGACCCCCGUAAUGCUCUGGGCCUCACAGUCUUCAAAUUCUCCUUCUGAUGUCAUGAUGCCGCCCCCAGUUCUCGUAGCAAAUCCUCUAAUGAAUCGACGAUCUUCGUCCAAUCUUCAGCUGAUUCUGCCGGAUAACUUAAAAACGGAAGUAGUGGAUGAAAACAGCCAGAACAGCAUGCUGAGCGAAAACAGCAUGCAAAGCAUUCCGACGCCGACGGCGACCGCAAAUGGUCCGACAUCGGUUACCUCUCCUCUUCAGCAGUUGGUCAACGAGAACUCCAGAGAACCUGCAUCCUCGCAAGCUGAUAUUAUCAGGACUGUUGCCGCUGCGACGGCUGCCAAUAACAGUCCCGUGCAAGAGACUGUGAACAGUCUUCUCGGAGUGGUGGAUCUGAUACGUAAUCAGCAUCCUCUAUCGAUGGUGAAUGCACAUCAUUCGACUUCGUUUGGAGACAUGCAUGAGUCGACUCAGGUCCAAGUUCUUAGUCCUCAUCGCCUUAAGGACACAAAUGGUGUCCUGCCAACGGACAAUAGCUCCAAUGGAGCUGCCCUUCAAGGUGCCGGUGUAGUAGAUCUUCGCAUGAAACACCAUCAUCACCCCGACUUUGGCACGCUAUCGAGUUUUACCGGCGCUACCGGAACUCAGGCUUUGUCGGCAUCAAGCAGUCAUGUGGUGGAAAAGUACCUGAAUCACAUAGAAUCCUCGGUAGGCACCGCUGAGGAACCUAAUAAUGUAGAAAAUGAGUUCGCUAUUCAACAGCAGCGGACUUCCAUCAUUUCGGAAAGCAACCAACAAUCGGCAGCUGCCCCAGAAAUUUUAGCCAAUACAGGACAAACUUCAACUCUUCAGGACAAACUAAAGUUGGAUGCCUUAGUAAACUCCGCAGCUGAACAGAUGGUCUCUCCAAUGCACUCAGUGAAUCCCAAUUCUACCGCAAUGUUAAGCCGUGUGACAACAGAACAUGAGCCAAUGAGUAAUGGUCAGCAGACUAGAACUAGUCCAUCGAUUCCGGUGAAGACAAUGUUGCUAGAAGCGCUAAUCCCAUCACAGACAGUGCAGCCAAUGGCAGAAAUGGCGGGUACAACGUCGGUAUCGCCUGCAACAACGGUAGAGCAAACGGGAGACAGUCUGCUAACUAGUAUCAACGCAGCACUGUUGCCAGAACCACAAGUCAGCGCGGCAACCGCCACGUCGAAUUCAACGGUAUUUCUUAACCGAAAACAAAAAAGAUAUAAGCGGUUGAACGAAAAAGCUUGCUCAGUUGCUGGCAAUGCGAUGCCGGGGGUCGCAGUAGAGCAGAUGCAACAGAUUCAAGCGUUUACGCAACAAGAGGUAAUGCAACAGGUACAACAGGUGGAACAGGUAGUAGCGCAAGCGCAGCAGCAAGUUGAACAGGUUGUCGCGCAAGCGCAGCAACAGGCAGUCCAAGUGGUACAUCAGGCCCAGCAACAGGUAGUCCAGCAAGUAGUUCAGCAUGCUCAAGUAGUGCAGCAAGCGGUACAGCAAGUGCAAGCUGUACAGCAAGUUCAAGCGGCUCAGGUAGUACAGCAAGCGGUGCAGCAGGCGACUGAGGAAGUGGUGCAACAAGCAGUGCAACAAGCGACUCAAGAAGUGGUGCAGCAGGUUCAAGCAGUGCAGCAAGCUGUCCAACACGCUCAAGCGGCCCAAGUUAUGCAGCAGGCUGUUCAACAAGACAUAGGUUCUAUGUUAAAUCAACCCGCGGGCUUUGUGGCCGAAGCUAGUUCUGCUUUAGCUAGUGGGGCCGCUCAGGAACCCUCUCAACAACGUUUGACUAACGCAGCGGAACAAGCCAUUAAUAAUGUUAUCACCAACGCCACAAAGGAUAUCAUUAACAAUCGGCCGAUCUCGACGACUACCGCUCAUGCGAUUAUCGCCACGAAGAAAAUUCUGAAUAGCGUGGCGACUCAAAGCGCGCAGUUGAUGAAUAAUGCGAUGGAGGGAAUCCUACCGAAAUCUCCUUCAGGACAGAACAAUAUCAUUGAACAGGUCGCCAGUAAAUCGCCGACGGUCGCACUUCCGGUCACUCCAAACCGUCAGGCUGUAAACGCACCAAUUUCCAAUCCUGCCGUAAGCACUGCGUCCAACAGAAAGACGGAGGAUGGAAUGCUGCCUCAAGAGCUCACCUCUAUGUCGGAACACGAUCUUCUGAGCUACAUCAAUCCCAAUUGUUUUGAACAACUUCCGCAAAGCGGAUUUCUUUUGUAGUACCAUUGCGUUUCUCAACAAAGGCGGAUGAUCUUUCAACGAACAUAUUUCUACAUGAAAGUCUAAAGAAUCUGCCUUCCGUGUCCUGCAUUUGGUGCUAAAUAUAGCCAGCUAAUUUUAAAUUUCACUUGCCUCAUAUAUUGAAGAGUGUUUAAACUAUUAGAUGGCGCUUAGAUUAAGCUGUAAUUAGCUAAAUGUGGGAUACAAGAAUUCAAGAACGUUUUGAACGAUUAAAAUGCCUUGUAAAUGAAUGUAUGAUGUUUUGAACUUUUGCAUCUGAAUUUGUUACUGUGCAGGAUUAAUCUCUACUCGGAUUACAAGAUUGCCUGUUCCGAUACUGACAAUUCUGUGCCACAUUUUUAACAUGACUUAACAUCACUUAGAGAAGGGAAAAAAGUGCACAGUGUAAAUUUUGGAUCUUGGCACACCUUUCCGAGAUUUUUCCUCGGAAUUCUUGUAAUAUUACGGAUUUUGAGAUUUUAUAAGUCUUGAUCUCCGAGUUAUUGGACCUUAUAAUCUUGAUCCUUUCGGCUGAGUUUCACUCUAGAAAGCGUUCCUACUACAGUUGACGCCGAAAUGAACGAAUGUAGUAUUCGUUUAGCAUUAACUAUAAUAUACGCGUCAAAAGAUUUUGUGUAUUUUUAAAGCUGUAAGAAUGUUUUCAUAUACUCUCCGAAUUAAGCUUUCACGCCGAAAGGGUUAACAAUUGAUUUUAUUUGGUCCUACAAUAAGAUGUUUAUGAGAUGUUAUUUGAAUUUGACUUAUUUAGAGCACAAUAUGAAGAAAUUUCUCGAAGUUUUCAGAGAUACUUCCUGAUCGUUCUGUGAUUCACGGCAGAGAGAUGCCGUAAGUUCACAGCAGCAGAUUGUCAUGGAUCAAGAACUAUUAAUAUUUAAGUAUAAGACGGGCGCAUAAGAAAGCGCGACAAUGUCAGAUGUUCUUCUCUUUUACAUCUUUUCUUUCUUUGUAUGUCUUAUCUUUUCUAUGAAUUGUCAAAUCUUCCUUGGCGAUUCGUUAUUUAUCUUCAACGAUGUACAUGCAACUAGGUGCGUCGCGUAUUAGCCUGUGCUCUAUUUGAAUGUAUUUUGAAUUCUUUUUAUUUACAGGAUUCGCAGAGAAUAAUAUGUGAAUAACGUAAAUGUAGAAAAGAAAUAUGUUGUAAAUGUUGAAAUAAUGAAUUCAUCUUUAAACGUUUCAAAACCGAAUCCUAAAUAUUGGGAUCCAACACAGCGGGAUAUUUUAGAGUUAGUUAAUUAAUAGUUUUAAUAUCGACGAAAGAAAUUAGAGAGUUAACUGAAAAAUAAUGAAGAAUUAAAUUUUCAGUUUUGAUCUUUGAAUUUUUGAAUCUUGUUUUCUCUUGCUUUUGUAAAGUUUAAAGAAAAAAUGCCACAAAUAUGGAUAGAAACACAUAUGCGUAAUUAUAUGAACUAUGUUACCAAUUACGCUGAUGUGAAUGUUAUUAUUGACUUGAUUUCAUUGCGAAAGAAUGGAUCAUCUCGUCGCUGUGGUCUCCACAUGUCUCAAGUAUAUAUUUCGUAUAUGUAUUUAGAAUAUGUAUAUUGUUCGAUAAUCGAAGUUAUUUUGUUUUCUUCUUUUUUUUGUUAUCUAAUACAUCGAUAAUGCUAAGAGUUACGUGAAUGGUGCAUUAAUGUUACUUCAUAAAGGAAUUAAAAAAUGACAGGGAAUGAAAGAGAGAGUGAGAGAUUAUGUUGUAUGUUGAAGUAGUAUAUAUAUAAAAUAUAUAUAUAUAUAUUACGUUUAUCCAAAGAGAGAGUAGACAAUGGGCUAAGUAACAAAGUGAGCUUAUUAAGGAUAUAUGUCCAUAUAAUUAUUAUAUAUAUUGGAUAUAACUAAAGUGCGUUGCGUAAAAUUAUAUCAACAAUAUGUUUCCUUUUCUAUAUAUUUUUGUAAAUUUUUUAUACAAAUUUUCGGAACAUUAAGCGUGUAAUUUCAAACGAUCAUGUAACUUCAUUUUUCAUUCAGUUCAAUCCUGCGUGAACUUUUUUACGAAUCACGAAAUGAUUGAAUCACGAAUGUUGAGUACGCACCGCGCGAAAUAAAUUCACGUAAAAUUCUUUGUUUUUAAAAUCAUAUAACUGCACCGAAUUCUUAAUUAAGAUCAAUGAAUAUCAUGAAGAUUAUUAGAUUAUUUAAAAUAUAUCAAUCUUUAUACAUUCCCAAGUCUUCGAAUUCUUGAAUCUUUGAAUCUUAUGACACUUUUCUUUUGUUUUUAAUUUUUUAAUUUUUAUCUCAGGAUUUUUGUAACUCUAAAAAAAUCAUCACACUGAGAAAAAUAAGUUUUUAAUUUGACUAAAUUUUUAAACUUAAUUAAAUUUGUUUAAUUCAAAUAUUUUAUGUAUUUAAGUUAAAUAAAUAAAUAUUUGAACUAAAGAAAUUUAAUCAAGUUGAAAAAUUUAGUCAAGUUAACAUUUUUUCUCAGUGUAGUAAUAUAAUAUUAUUUUUAAAUUUUGAUUAUUGAAUUCUAAUAGUAUCGCUUGAAAGUGAUCUCUUGUAUUCCUAGAUGUAAAAAAUUAAUAAAUUAUCGACUUCCUGAACUCUCAUGUUAUUUCAACGUUUCGCACUUUAGUGAUAUCUCGUGUACAUCGCGACAUCGAAUUUUUCGUGGGGUAAUUCCCUACAUACUGAAGACGAGCGGUGCUAAUAUUCGCCAAGAUUAUGUAGCUAGUAGAAGAAAGAGAAAGAAAGAAAGAGAGAAAUUUUAUAACGAAACAUUUAUUGUCGCGACAGCAACAAUGUCCUUUAUAAUCAAGUAAAAAAAAAUAUAUAUUUUAUAUUGACCGUUGUAUUGUGUCCGUAGUCGCACGCGAUGACUAAUGGCUCGCCUAAACAGGGAAGAUAACUGGUGUACCACAUAGCGAUAUGUACCCCGUAAAAUUGUUGUAAACGUGUGCUCUUCUCAUUGUACGCACGUCUGAUAACAGCUAUUAGCCUAACUUCGACAGAAAUUCGUAACAAUGUAUCAUUAUUUACUCCUGUAAGUUGAAUAAAUGUUUCACUAUGAUAUUU